AUGUCCCGGUCCGUACUUUUCCCCACUUCUGAAACAUUCCCCAUUAAGGUUUUCAAAAAGAAGGAAGUUCACUUGACUAUUGCAAAUAGAGCAUUUCAAGUUACGAAGAUAGAUCAUGAUGAAAAGACAUUUCAAGUUGAAAAAGCUAAAGUUCAUGAUUUGUUUGUGUCUCGACAUGUGGAUUUGGCACUACUAGAAGAGGAAGUUCUUGAAAGCAAGUUGUUGUUGGAGGACAUGAUUGCAAGAAAAGAGUUUAUGGGUUUGGAUCAUAUGGUAGGUCCAUUUUUCUUGAAAACUCUUCUCAAAUAUGCAUCUCACUAGAUACUAGUUUGGAAAAUCAUCAUUUCUAUUCAAAGUUCCAGAAACUAGAGGAAACCAUACAUAAACGAAGGAUGAAGUUGGAUGAUCUGAAAAAAUGGUCAAUGAUACGAGAA